AUGGCACCUGCUGCCCUGAUCGACCACUCUCCCUACCAGCCUACGCCUGCAAAAAAGCUGUCCUCCGCAAACAAUCUCGUCCUCAUCGAUAAUUAUGACUCCUUCACCUGGAACGUCUAUCAGUACCUCGUCCUUGAAGGCGCUAGCGUCACAGUCUACCGAAACGAUAAAGUGACACUUGAAGAGCUUGUUGCCAAAAAGCCGACACAAUUGGUCAUCAGCCCUGGGCCAGGUCACCCUGACACGGACGCGGGCAUAAGUAAAGAUGCCAUUAAAUACUUUGCGGGCAAGAUUCCAAUUUUGGGGGUGUGUAUGGGGCAACAGUGUAUCAUCUCGGCAUUUGGUGGUGAAGUCGAUGUUACUGGAGAGAUCCUCCAUGGAAAGACCUCACCCUUGAGGCAUGAUGGCAAAGGAUGCUACACCACGUUGGCACAAGAUUUGCCCGUGACGAGAUACCAUUCCCUCGCAGGGACACAUCCGACUCUUCCGCAGUCGCUCGAAGUCUCUUCUUGGAUAGCUAAAGGGCCAGAUGGGGGCAAAGGCGUGAUUAUGGGUGUUCGCCACAAGGAAUAUGUUAUUGAAGGAGUCCAGUUUCAUCCUGAAAGCAUUCUGACCGAGAACGGCAGAGUGAUGUUCAAGAAUUUCCUGAAAAUGUCUGGGGGAAAGUGGUCGGAUAACCCUCAGUAUGCCACUCCUGAGGCAGAAGCCACAGGCACCCUUAAUGGCGAAGCACACUCUAAGAAAGAGUCCAUCUUGGACAAGAUCUACGCCCAUCGACGACAAGCCGUUGCCGCACUGAAGCUGAUCCCAUCUCAAAGGGUAGAGGAUCUCCAGGAUGCCUAUGACCUCGGUCUGGCUCCUCCCCGAAUUUCCUUCCCCAAAAGGCUUCGGCAAUCCGCCUACCCAAUUGCCCUCCUAGCCGAGAUCAAACGAGCCUCCCCUUCAAAAGGCUUAAUAUCCCUAGGGACCUGCGCACCGGCACAAGCACGGAAAUACGCCACGGCUGGCGCCAGCGUCAUUUCUGUGUUGACAGAGCCGGAAUGGUUCAAGGGCAGCUUGGAGGAUAUGAGACUUGUCCGCCAGGCGCUGGAUAGCAUGCCCAAUAGACCUGCCGUGCUGCGCAAAGAAUUCAUCUUUGACGAGUAUCAAAUUCUGGAAGCACGUCUCGCGGGCGCAGACACGGUGUUGCUGAUUGUCAAGAUGCUCGAUGUAGAGACAUUGACGAGACUGUACCACUACUCGAGAUCACUAGGGAUGGAACCACUCGUAGAGGUCAACACCGCAGAUGAGAUGAAGAUUGCAGUCGAGCUGGGCGCCGAGGUAAUUGGCGUGAACAACCGCAAUCUGACGAACUUUGAGGUUGAUCUUGGAACAACGAGCCGAUUGAUGGAUGAAGUUCCAGACUCUACCAUUGUGUGCGCUCUGAGUGGAAUCUUUGGUCCCCAAGAUGUGCAAGCGUACAAAAAGGAGGGUGUCAAGGCAAUUCUCGUGGGAGAAGCCUUGAUGAGGGCAUCAAAUCCAGCAGAGUUUAUUGAGACAUUAGUGGGGGACCCUGACGUCCCACCCAAAAAGGGAACACAAACCAAGCAACUCUCAGUCAAAAUCUGCGGCACCCGCACACCCGAAGACGCGAAAGCAGCGAUCGAAUCCGGGGCGGAUCAAGUCGGCAUUAUCCUUGUGCCUGGCAGGAAACGGUACGUCUCAGAUGACAUGGCUUUACGGAUAUCAGAGGUUGUGAAAAAUACACGCCGGCUUCCGUCUUCCAAACUCGUGAGCACAUUCGAGGAAGGAAUUGGCAGUGCGGAUUUCUUCGGUCACACCUCCUCGCACCUCCUUGUUCGUCCCGACCGCGCCCUGCUCGUUGGCGUCUUCGCCGAUGCUCCCCUUCACCACAUAAUCCAGCAAGUCCACCGGUUGGGCCUGGACGUGGUUCAGCUUCACGGCUCGGAGCCCUUGGAAUACGCAAGGCAGAUCCCGGUCCCCGUCCUGAAAGCAUUCUCCCCCAAGGAUUGCGGGGUUAACACGAGAGGCUACCAUUCCUUGCCGUUGUUAGACGCUGGAUCAGGGGGUUCAGGUACGAGGGUCAACCUCGACGAUGUGAAAGCCCUUUUCAAGAAAGACGAUAAUCUCAAAGCUAUCCUUGCAGGAGGACUCACUCCAGAGAAUGUACGGGCGGUUCUGGAGGAACUAGGAGAAGAAUACAUAGGCCGAAACGUUGUCGGGUUGGACGUUAGUUCCGGGGUCGAGGUUGAGGGAAGGCGGAAUGCGGACAGGAUGAGAGCCUUCAUAGAUGCUGUCAAGACGUUGUAG